GUCGGAUUGUUUAUAGGGACGGAACGCAAGAACCGUUGACGCACAAAGAUCUUCGGUCUCUUGAACACAACCACCUAGAAAAUAUCAAGCUACGGAUAGUAUUUCUCACACUGUAAUGUCACUGCAGUGAGUACAUAGGAUGGACGGAGGUAUCCCCGAUUUACCUGGUCCCUCUCUUCCCCUCUCCACCCUGCGCCUCCUAAUCCCCCCCAUUCGGCUGGUGUCUGCAGCCAUCUGGCAGACUGUGGAGCAGAAAUUUGUGACGGAUUAUGGGCUGCUUGAGGAGUUUGUAUUCAUGGUGACGGAGAUGGUUCCUCAACUUCUCUCCACGAGGCAGCGGGCCGAACUCAUUUUGGGCCUCAGAGCACGGCUGAUUCUGGAGCUGUGUCGCUCUGAGGAGACCGCUGACCUCCACAUUAUUCAGCCACAUCUGGACCGAAUGCAGAACCUCAGAUCUCUUUGGAACGUGGAGACCGAGCAGCCAGAGCAAGACGCAUCUGACUCGCAUUUCAUGGGCCUUGUCCAGAAUCUACUGAGAGAUCCUGAAGAGAGGAGAAACUUCUUCCAGGAUGUUUUCCCGGGAGACUUUGGGCCCACAUAUGAUAAAGCAAUCCAGACACUGAUGUGGCUGUUUCUGUCCAGACUUGAAAAGCUUCUUCCCACCCAAACUCUCCAACAGAUUGCAUCUCUGCUCGGCAAUGCCUCCUCGGUCCUAAACGAGUGCAUGGAGACUUUUGCUCAAACCGAAGAGCUCAAAACGUUGCUGGACACUCAGAAAGACCUUGGCCAAUUACAGGACAUUGAAUCCUACGUUGUUGACAGUGGCAUCCUGUCAGCCCUCUGUCUCCCUCCUGUGGAAAGGGUUGUCAUCGUCAAUGAACAAACCGAAACGAGUGCCGAGAGCGGACUUAUGUAUACAGUCUGCACGGAGAUGGAGGUGGAGUCUGAGAAUAAAGAGGUGUACGUGGAGGGAACUGGGAACUCUGAAGAGUCUGUGCAGACCCAGUGGUUCGGUCUCGGCAGCGAGGUGAAAGCAGAAAUGGACACGGUGGUGGUAACAGAUCCUGUCGAAGGCACCGUGGCCAGUGAGAGUGAAAUGGUAGACGACCAAUCAGGAACCCUGAUCAUCGGGGAGGACGGUCAGGUGUCGGUGCUUGAGGGCACAGAGAAAAAGCCAAACAGACGUGGGAGGAAAAAGAAACGUCCCGUAGACGAGGACUAUGAAGUGCAAAGCAAAACGAGACGCAAAGAAGAAGAUCCAGACUACGACGUCUUGUGGGAUAGACCUGUGCGAAAGAACCGCGGCCUCAAGAUGAAACGGUACCUGUCACAGUGGAGGAAAUCAGGAAAGACACAGGGCAGUGAGACUGCCAACAGUACAUCCCAGGAUGCAACCAAGAGCAAUGACUUGGACGAUAGGACAUGCAAAGUGUGUGGCAAGGUGGUGAGUCGUGCCAAGUUCUUAGAGCGUCACAUGAACCGCCACUCGGAGGAGCUGCCCUUCUCUUGUCCUGUGUGUAAAAGGUUUUAUAAGAGCUUGCGUUACUUGCAGCAACACAGAUGUCCAAAUCAGGCAAAGGCAAAGCCUGGCAGGAAAGCAAAGGUACAAGGGACUGCAGCCGAUGAGGGUGAACCCUCAUCUGUGUCUGGGGAUCCGAGUCUGGCAACCAAUGAAGAGCAGCCGUCCGACAACGCAGCCCAGGACCCCGAUUACUCCCCCUCUGCAGACGGGAGGCCUUGCAAAGAAGGACAGAAAAGCCCGGAAGGCAACAAAAGUAUGCUUGAAGGUCCGUUCUACUGUCCUCACUGCAGCGUCGAGUUUAAGUGCAAACAGACUUUUCGGUUCCAUUUAAGAAACAUUUGCUACAACGAGCAACAGGUGGAUCCCGAGAAGCCUGAGGAUGUUAAGCAUUGUUUCAGGUGUAAUGAAUGUGACAAAGCAUUCAAGUACAAAUCAACGUUGGAUUCCCACAAACAAACGCACAACCCGCUCUACUGCGAGGUGUGCAUGAAACUGGUCCGGGACUCGGAGGCAUUGGCAAUGCACAAAGAAUCCCACACUCCGUUUCAGUGUAACCAGUGUGAGGAGAAUUUCCCUGUGUUCAAGGCCCUUCAUAAGCACUACAUUGACGUCCACAAUCCAACUGAGCCCUUCACCUGCACCCACUGUGAGACCACCUUUGGCAGUUUGAAGCGAUUCAUCCGACACGAGUGGAAACACACCGGCUACCAGCCGUUUCAGUGCGCUCAUUGCAGCAAAAGAUUCCGAUCGUACUCUGACCUCGUGGAGCACCAGAAGAAACACACUAAAGCGUAUCCCUUCCUCUGCUGGGAAUGUGGCAAGAAGUUCCGGCACGGUGUGACGUUGACGAGGCACGUGGAGCGGGUGCAUCACUCGGGCGAGCCUGUGAUCGAGAAACCCACACCGACCUUCACCUGCGCUCAGUGCGGCAAGACCUUCACUUCCAGACGGUGCCUUCUGAAACACGAUAACUUCCACCACAAAGGGCUGCGGUUCCCAUGCGAGCACUGUGGAAAGGGCUUCUUUGGCAAGGAUGCCUUGGUGAGGCAUACUUUGAUUCACACGGGCGAAAGGCCUUUCAAGUGCGACGACUGCGAUAAGUCUUUCCGAUCCGCUGCAGAACUGAAGAUACACAGGAGAUACCACACUGGGGAACGGCCAUUUAAGUGCAACAUCUGUGAAAAGGGUUUCGUCCAGUCGUGCUUCCUUACCUUACACAUGCGAACCCACACGGGGGAGAGACCAUAUGUUUGUACGGUGUGUAGCAAGGGCUUUUCAAGCUUGCACGGCUUAAAACGACACAGGAGACUUGUUCAUGCGUAGUUAAUGUUAACAUACUACUUGACAUAGGUCAGAGGUCAGCAUUGGAUGCACACCAGAACUUGAGGAUUUCACUUGAGCAGUGUGGAUGUUGC